AUGGCUGAUAGUUCAACGAUUCUUCGUAUUUUGAGAGAACUAUCUGAAGAUGAGAGUGGUGAAGAAAGUGGUAUGGAAGUUGAAGAUGUUGUAGAUGAUAGUGAUGAGGAUCCAGACUAUGUUCCUAAUAAACAUAAUUUUCAAACAGAAGAAGAGAUAAGUGAAGUAAUUAGAGAGAUAGAAACCCGUCCAAUACCUCCAUUAAAAUCUAGAAAGAGAAAAAUUAACUCUACAUCUAAAACAGAUAGUAAUAAUGGAGAAAAUGAGAGAGAAACUGAUCAAAAUAAACAUAUAAUAACCAUUUCAAAUACCUCGGAAAUUGUGGGUAAAAAUGGAUUUGUGUGGAAAACUGAGUGCAAUUAUUCUAGCGGAAAAGUUCCACAAAAAAAUAUUGUUCAUAUCCGACCUGGGCCUUCAUAUUUAGCAAAAUCUGCAUAUACUCCUAAAGAGUGUUUCAAACUUUUUUUCACAGACGAAUUAAUUAAUUUAGUACUUAUUUAUACUAACCAAGAAAUACAACGCCAAAGGGAAAACUAUAAAAAUAAAAAUAGUGCAAAUCUUAGUGAUUUAACAUUGUCUGAACUCAAUGCUCUGUUUGGUCUUUUGAUUUUAGCUGCAGCAUUAAAAAAUAAUCAUUUGACUACGAAUUUACUUUUUGACAGUUCGUUUUGUGGCAAUAGAUAUCGUGCAACCAUGUCGGAGAAAAGAUUUUGUUUUCUAAUUAAUUGCCUUAGAUUCGAUGAUCGAACAACUCGUUUGCAUCGUAAAAAUGAGACAAAAUUAGCACCGAUUUCAGUUGUAUGGGAUAUUUUAAUGAUCAACUGUAAAAAUAAUUACAAGCCUAGUAGUUACGUCACAAUUGAUGAACAGUUGGUUGGAUUUAGAGGACGAUGUCCUUUCAGAAUGUAUAUCCCUUCAAAACCCACAAGAUACGGAAUUAAAAUUGUUAUGAUGUGCGACAAUGCAACAAAGUAUGUCAUUGAUUCGAUUCCGUACAUGGGUAAAGGAACUGUACCAAACGGACAAGUUGCAGCUGACUUCUAUGUUAAAAAUUUAGUUAAAUCUAUUAAAGGUUCUAAUCGUAACCUUACAAUGGACAAUUGGUUUUGCAAUGUACCACAUAUUCAAUCACUUUUACAUGACGAUAAACCUACGGUUAUAGGAACAAUUAAAAAAAACAAAAGAGAACUUCCAACUCAGUUCACUGAUAUUAAAUUUCAAAAUAGAACUUCCGAUACAUCGUUUUUUCUAUUUCAUGAAGAUUUUACGGUUGUUUCUUACAAACCAAAUCAAAGUAAACUUGUGACAUUAAUUUCAUCGGCACAUCAUGAUUCAUCGAUUGAUCCAAUUACAAAAAAACCCGAGAUAGUGUUGAACUAUAAUGCUACCAAAGGUGGGGUGGAUUCAUUUGACCAGAUGACUAACAAUAUGAACUGCAGCCGCAAAACCAAACGUUGGCCUUUAUGUUUUUUUUUAUAA